AUGCCGCCGGCUGCUUCAGGCGACGAGCAGUCCCCCGAAGUCAAACCAUCGACUUCGACAUCCAACCCGACAUCAAGCAGUAGUAGCAGUUCGAUUCUGAAGGAAAGGCGGUUCAAACUGAGCAGGUACCAUUCAGCUUACAAUUUCUGUGAUUUUUAUGCACUCAUCAAUAUUCUCAGAGCCUGCGAUCGCUGUCGCCGCCGAAGGAUAAAGUGUGACGAGGGCCAUCCUUGCCAGUCAUGUCUUACCUCAAACUCGGCAUGCACAUUUGAGGAGCCGGGAAAGAGGACGCAUCCACACAAGUCAAAGCGCGCUGCAACACUUGAAGAUCGCAUGCACCAUUUAGAAACUCUCAUACAAGCGAUCCCACCUGCUGUCUUCGCCGCUGGAGGCGCAUCUGGCGUCCCUCAAUCACCUGUGGACCCCACGACGAACGCGCACGCUUCGUUUGCCUCUUCCACACAUAUAUUCCCUACCGCCGUGCCGCCCCCUUCGCUCAACUCGUAUCCACUCAUGAACCCUUCGACGUUCUUUGCACCGGUGAAGCCACGGAACGGCAGCCCCAACGGUGGGUUUCCUGUGCUGCAAAAUGGCUCGGGGGGUUCGAUAGAACAUGUGUCGGAUGAUACGUCGCGUGUCGCGCUGUCGUCCUCAUACCUAUAUUUCGACGAUGAGGGCUAUACAAGAUGGCAGGGUGAGACGUCAGGGCUGCCAUUUCUCGACUUACUCGUGGAGCGACACAACUUGACGACAAAACCUGACUCAGAGAGGACACCGUCUGCGAGCCAGCAGCAGCCUCAGUCAUGGGUAGGCCAAAACGGACAUGGACACGCGACAAGCGCUUGGUUCCCCGACCGCACACCAAAGAGGACGGAUAACAAUCCGGAGGUCAUAUGGAAGCUGAUAACCUCGUUUAUAGUUCCAGAAUUGAUGGACAGCUUGGUGCAAUGUUUCCUCUCAACCUCGUACUAUCUCAUGCCGUUUCUGCAUGUCCCAACGUUCCUAGCGGAUUAUGGAAAUCCGCGGAAAUGGGGAGAGCCUGGAUUUGCUUCUUUCAUUGUGGCUAUAUGCUGCUUAUCGUCACGGCAUAUUGACGACCCUCGCGUUCGAUCGGAUCCCAACGAUGGUAACAGUGCUGGUACACAAUGGUUCGAGUUGUUCGGACGACUGCGAACGCUGCCUAGCGCAGACCGACCCACGGUCUACACCGUACAAGCGGUCCUCAUUGCUGGCGUGUACGCCGUCGGCUUGGGCAAGCUCUCCAGAGCGUUUGGUCUGCUCUCGGAGGCCGUAACGCUCUCUGUCGAUAUUGGGCUGCACCGUUCGGUUGAUGAUUACGAUGUGUUCGAUGCGAUUGAAGACGAAGUGCGCAAGCGUACGUUCUGGUGCGUCUAUUUGUGGGACAAGCAGGCCAGCUCGUACUUUGGACGCCCCUCGAUGAUGCGUCUACGCGAUUGUGACGUCGGGGAGCCCGCAAUCGUUGAUGACGAGUUCAUCACGAGGGACGGCGUCGGCCUGCAACCUGUGGAGACAGAGAGCCGUAUGAGCGCCUUCGUCAGCUGCGUGCGUGUCUUCGUCGUACUGGAGUCUGUUGUGGACAUCCCGCCUGCUCGUCACUUCGGAGAGGGGUCGUCUCCGUUCCUCGCGCGUGCGGCCGCCGUCGUCGGGGGAAUCAAGCGAGUGAAGGAACUUCACGAGGAGGAGGCCCUCCUCGACGAAAUUGUGCGCUCGAUUCCUGCACAUUGGGCACAUUCGGUGGAGACCAUGACGAGCGACGAUGUCCUACGUGUCACACAGGCAAACCGCUUGCAUUGUGCAGAGCAAUAUACACGAAUGCUCAUCCAUCGGCAUCGGUUUUCGGAGCUGGUCGCGGAACGCACACAAGGCCAAUAUAGCAGCGGGGAGCAGACAGACGCGGAAUGCGAAGCCAUGCGAUCCGCACACGCCUGUGCGCUCAAGAUAAUCUCGUCGCAUCUGCACAUUGCUGCGAAGGGCUUGAUGACCUAUUACGGCGUGCAUGUGAUUCACCAGCUUACAGCUGCUGGACGGACUUUGGUUGCCGUUUUAUUAUGUUGUCAUCAAGAACUCAUGCAACCCUUGAUUGCCCCAGGUCUUGAGGCUCUGCGGUCUUGUGUGGGGCUGCUGAAGCGCUUCAGUGGCCGGUAUGUAUGCGGCCAGCGCUCAGGGGAUCUAAUGGAAGAGUUCUGCAGAUUAACUCAAAUACCGCUCGACGCAUCUCGAAGUUUGGAUGCACCGGGGACCAGCAACCGGCCACCAUGGGUCCGGCCAGCUCGCAAAAAGACGCCUUCUAGCGCCCGCUCUCCGGGCAAUUCUGCAGAUUCGCCCUCACAUGCCGGCAGCCCAGAAGAGUUCCCAUCUUCAGAUGCAUUCCUCGAUCUGCGCGGGACGAGCCAGGAGCCGGCACCGUUUUCACCUUCGUCUAAUCCAUCUACUCAGGGCGUCGCCCACGCACUUUCGCAAAACGCAUUUGGCAUGGGCGGCCCGUCGAAUGGUGCCGUGCAGUCAUUCAUGGACACCUCUGGUAGCAUGGAUAUGAUGGCUACGGAUAACCCUUUGUCUAUGUCUCCGUCGGACAUCUUGGCACUCUUCAGCAACGAUGGAUCGGUAGACAUGACGUCGCUGCUGAUGUCGCCUCAUAUCGGAGGGUCGUCUGAGCCGCCUAGUGGGGGCGGGUUCUAUAGUAUGACCCCUACGGCAAGUGAGAGCGGUGCUGUCAGUAUGGUUUCACCUUAG